AUGCACCUCCACUUCGCGUUCGAAUUGUCAGCUCUGACCAAGUCAAUGCACCCCGAAAACAGUUUAAUAACAGCACAUAAUCAACCAUCCCGUCGCGUCCUGGAAUGGAUCAAGCAGCAACACGCCGAAGCGGGGGAAGCUUCACGAAAAGCGCGUAAACCAAGGAUAAAACCUCGAAACUCGCUGGAAGACGCCCUGCAAAAUGAUCCAGCCGCAUCCGGCAGAAUCCCGGAGCAGAUUCCACUGCCUGAAUCUCGCGAUGGGUUGUCCACGGCCAGUGACCCUGGAGAACGAGAUAGAAAUGCAACGAAGCCUUCGCUGGAGGUAAUUGAUCGUGACGACACUUUCGUACUGCCUUCGUCUAUUCCAUUGCCGCCGUCACCAAAACAACAGCCAGCACAACGGCAGGCGGCCAAAGAACCGAGAAGGGAACCCCCGCCGCGCCAACCCUACAGUCGGAUUCUGGACCGCGCAGCGGACGCAUUCGACCACAUCAAAUACGGCAAUGUCCGCAAGACUCCUCGCGUGGAGAAAACCUCCAUCACGCUCUACGAGUACUACGACGAUAGCACGGCGUCGAGGGUGGAGAUCGAGAACGCCGAAUUGAUUUCCCUCUACCGCGACACGCCGGAGGGAUUGAACGGGCGUGUUUUUAUCGUCGAAGACCUGUCAGAGGGUACUAUCCACGCCUUGGGGGAGGCGUUCGGACUCACUCCCGAGUUCUUCGAGGAGCAUCUGUUGAACUCUGGGUACGGCGGCGCGCAGUAUGAUGAUCCGCCGAGGCGGUCAUGGAAGACAGCUGGUUUGAACAAGUCCUCGAGUAUUAGUCUCAAAGCAGAGACGAAUAUAUUUCGCUCCGAGUGGGAUCUGCGCGUUGAUCCGCGCGGGACGGCGAAGGAGUGUGGGUUAGUGGAACGGGCGUCGAUUUGGAGGAAGAAUGCUGAGAAUAUGGACUAUGAAAAUGUUAUCGUGCUGCUUGAUCCUCUACCGACGAUUAGCAUCAGCCAUGAUUGGACGCUUCAAAUCCCAAGGAUCGCUGUUGACGCUCAUGGUGAUCGCGAUGAUCAUGAUACUGGAAAUAAUGACAGAACGGGAACUCAACCGAUCCUGGUAAUCGAGGGCGAUGAUGCCGUCGAGGAGUUUGCGAUUCCCAUCGAGAACCCACGGCGAGAGACGAGAACACGUUCGGUGUUGGACUGGCUGCUCAAGCGACGCAGACCAGAAGUUGAUAAGAGGAAUGUGAACGUGAAGACAAACUUCCAGGUUUUAGUCAAGCAGAUGGCUCCUCGAAAGACCAUUACUACCGUUCUCGAGGAGGCUUUUUUGACAGGAGAUUCCCUGGACACUUUCCAGGAUGAACUCAACGAGACUAGGUGUACCCGUCAGGAAAUUCAUGAUAUAGUAGACAGACAGACCACACCCGUCAGUCUACUCGAUACGUUGUUUGAGAUCAUCCGCCAAGACACCUCGACUUUGCUCCGGGUGCUCAACCAGAUCUUAAGCGACAUGGAGCUCGAUAUUCUUGACGACACGAAGAUGGAAGAUCGACUGGCAUUGUGGCGUCAACUCAUCAGUAAAGCUGAGCGAGAGCUCUUGGAACUCAAAACCUCUAUUAUGAGCUUUCUGGCUUUUUCUGGUAUCACACACCCAGCCGAUACAUCUCCAGAAACCGCAGACAACAUCCCAGAUAUCAUAAGAAACGUAUCAGAUCUCUUCGAGGAAAUCCACCGGAUGCUCGCCAGGCUCCGGCGUGCGUCUUCAUCCUUGACAUCCAAUAUGGGUCUCCUGGACAGUCGACGCUCCAUCGACGAGCCGCGCGCCGUGACGCGACUCACCGAGCUGGUGUUCAUCUUCAUUCCGCUAUCGUUUUCAUCAUCUGUUUUUGGGAUGCAAAUCGAGCCAUUCAAAGACUCGGCUCCGCUGUGGAAUUUUUUCGUUGUCGCAAUCACCGUAACGACUUUCGCGUACCUGAUGCGGCUCACAAUACGCAGCCAAUGGCUAGGAAAUCUGAACCAGAGUGUGAAGCUGGAUGUCAGACGGUACGCGGAGCAACACAGCCUUCCAGUGCAGGUCCGGUCACUGUCGAUGUUGCUACUCUUACAAUGGUUCGGAAGCACACUCAAACGGAGCAUCAAAGCAACCUGGGCAUGGAUAGACAGGAAUGGUCGCAAGGCUGGGACCGAGUUAUGGAAGGUGGUCGGAUUCCCCAUCAGUUUCAUCCUGGUUAUCGGCAUUGUUGCAGUAGCACCUAUCGCCGUACUCUGGACUCGGAAUAUGGACCGAGGUGUGAAGGGCACAGUUACCCUCGUGAUCAUGCUUGCCCUCCUAGGCCUUGUGGGCAUACCAUACUGGCGAAAUUCCGAUCCCGACUUUCGCUAUGCAUUCCCGAGGCUCGUUAUGCGCUUGCCCAAGCGUAUUCCCCCAACAACCCGCUUGUUACUUCUUUUGGCCCUUGGGAUAGUGGCCUUCGUUGCAAUUCCGCUAGCGUUGAUAUGGACACGUCCACUGGCGUCGGGUAUUAAAGCCGGCUUGACUGCGGCCAUCCUGGUGAUUUUGGUCACCGGUGUCGUGUUUCUUGGGAUGAUGGGGCUCUUUUAUUCUAGGGUUAUAGAUUUUUCGCGGAGAAGUGUCCCUUCGGAGGGGACACCCGUCUCUGCAGAGGCGGUCGUACAGCCUACGAGCAUGCGCCCUUUGCGUGCUUAUAAUCUUCGAUAA